GUAAUCCAUUCCACAAACCAAACUUACUUGCUCCUUUCCUUUCAAGAUGUGCGGAUUAACGUACAACCCUCUCAACCCACCAACAAUGAUUCACGCACCUCUGCCAAAACAUUAUCACCACCACCAUCCCCAUCAUCAACACUACAAUCAUUAUCCUCCAAAGCCUCCACCAUCAUCACCUGCCCAGCCGAUCAUCAGAUCAACAUCGGCGUUAAAACCCAAAUCCCAAGCAAACACCCACUGCUUAAGACGCGGGUCGAAAACCUCGUUGCCCCCCCGCACUACCACCACAGCAACGAAAGCAACAACAACAGAAACAAAAACGAAGACCCUCCUACUCCGCCGAAAACUCGUCGCGAAUCUCAACUCGCUAUCACCCUCCACCAUCAAAUUCUUCUACGCCCAGCCAUACACGCACGUUGUACCGUCCAAGCGGCCGAAGUGUGACAGUGCAAAACGUCUGAAGCGGUGUGAAACGGCGGGAGAUGAGUGUGCGAGGGCUGGAGAGAUAGUGCUCGAUCGACGGAGGCGAAGGCGGAUGAAGAGACGAGGCGAAGGCGGAGGACCGGUUACCAGGAGUAGGGCUCGUGCGAAGGAGAUGCUUGAGAGGAUUAAUACGCGGUCGAGGACGGCGACGAAAUAACCACAUCCCUAACGGUCAUCUGCAUACGGAAAGAAGAGAAAAAGGGGGAUCGGAAAGGGUGCUGAUGGGUGGUGGUGGUGUUUGUAGUGUUUAUAUUAUUGUUUAGGUGUUACUUUGGAGUUUUUUUAUUUUUUUAUUUCAUGUCUUUCCUAUGCACCAUUUUUUUCCCCAAGUUUUCUUCCGUUCUCCCUCGAGGGAGGAAUGAAAACAGGAUAAAAAACAAAAAACAACUGAUUAAUUCGGGGUUUUGUUUACGGUUUAUAUUUAUAUUCAUUUCGUGUCAUUGGGGCAUUGCAGAAUUUACAAAAGGAAUUGGUUAUGGAG